AUGACUGAAACCCCAAGCAUCCUGCGUGUGGGAAUCCUCACCGCAGACGAAGGUGCCAAAGCCAUUCAAGCCAUCUAUCUCCCAGCUCUACGUGCCCUUCCCACCUCGUUCCAGGUCCAAGCCAUCCACGAUGGCUCCAAGCAGCCCCUGUCAUACGAGAACGAGGUAGACGGCAGCAUCUGCAAGACGAACGGCAGCGUGUGCAACGACCAUGACCACCAGCACGGCGCCACCAUCCCAGUAGUCCCCACCCCAGACGACAUCCUGGCCAACCCAACCAUCGACCUGAUCCUCAACUUCAUGCCAAACGAGUAUCACGAGACCUACACCGUCGCGGCCCUGAACUCCGGCAAACACGUCAUGGUCGAAACCCCGUUGAGCCUGAGCAUCCCCAGCGCCAAACGCAUCAUCGAAGCCGAGAAACACGCCCCCAAUGGCGCCAAAGUCUUCGUCGCCUGCGCCCGUCGCUACGCCCCCAGCAUUUCCUCCGUCUUCAGAAAGGAAGUCGCUAGUCUCGACCGCAUCUACUACGCGCGGUGUCGCAACAUCGCAGGCCCCAGCUCCGCACACACGGCCACCGCGCCGCGCAAGCAAGUCUGGAACGAGGUGAACGGACACGGCCAACCAUUCCCCAUUUCACCCCCUUCGUCGCCCUCAAACGACUCCAUCGCCGGAAAAACCCGCCCCCAGCUGCUCCAGGGUCUUCUCGAAGAAGCCUUCCUCGGCCAGGACCUAAGCAAGGAGCGCGUCGCCCUGUACGAGUUCCUCGCUUCCCUGGGAUGUCACGACCUAGGCCUCAUGCGCGAUACCCUGGGCUAUCCAGAUGCAGUGUCCAGCAUCUCCGUCAACGAACCCUACUACGCUGCCGUCUUUCACUACUACAGCGGCGGCAAGGGCGAACACCCAUUCACGCUCAUGUACGAGAGCGGUACGGAUGCCGUGCCUCGUUGCGACGCGCAUCUCACCAUCUACGGCGAUACGAAGACUGUGAGCGUGCAAUACGGGCUGCCAUAUGGUCGACGGCAUGGGGUGAAGGUGGUCGUCGAGACCAUUGAUGAGAAUGGGGACAUGAAAAGAACGGAGACCGUGAGUGCGUGGGAAGAGAGCUAUCGCGAGGAGUUGAAGGCCCUGCAUGCGUAUUUGACUGCGGAUAAGGCCGUGAAGACGACGGCGAGAGAUGCGAUUCAGGAUUUGAGAUUGUUUCAGACCAUCUUUGAGCAGUAUGAUCGACAGUGUGGGACUAUUCGGACUCCGUUGGGUUGA